GCGAUUUAUUUAAUCAACAUCACAGAUUAACUCCCAGUGAUUGGCCACAGCAGCAGUAAGUAGUGGUGGCGAUGGUAGUAGUAGCAGCAGCAGCAGCAGCUAUACUAACACCACUGUUAAAGACACUGCACCAUUCAUUAUUUCAGGACACAACAUUUCAAAACAAUCAGCUUCGAUCACUUUUGUGUUUCCUUGUCACGAAAAAAAUUCUCUUUUCAAUUCCAGUGUCACUUUGUUAACAUUUAAAAACAGAAACACAAACACCAACACACACAUAUACAUAUACAAUGGGAGGCCCUGGAGGAAAAAAGCCCCCGAAAGAUCCGGAUGAGGAAGAAGAUGACCCCAUGAACAACCCUGAACUUGUGAAGAUAAUUAUUGGGCAAUUUAAAUACCAAUUAAAAAUGGACAGGAUGAUGGUCUCAGAAUCUAUCAAGCUGCACAUGGAGAAAAUUGAUGAGAAAAUCAAGACUGAUUAUAUGAUCCAUUCUGCACCAAAAUCCGAAAACAUUUGGAUUGACAGCGGCAACAAAAGUAGUGGAUGUCUUGUAUUGUAAGGCCGCAGAACAGCACAGAAUGUUUCCAGCAAAAUUACAUCAAUUGGUACUCAACUGGGUUCCAUAUGGCCUUUGGGAGUUGUUAUAAGAUUUUGCUGUUAAAAUUUAUGCACAAUAAAAUUUGUUAUACCUCACCAAUACACAGAAUAUUUCAAAAAUUUUUUUAGAAAAUUCCUAAUAAUAUUUAAUUAUAAAAACAGGUUAGUUGUCUCUAGUUCUACAAAAGGAAACCAAUAAUGGAUCAAUAAUUAAUUUUAAUGAGGACUACAUGUUUAUUGAUCAUGUGACUGAAUUAAAACAUGCUGUACAAUUUCUUUUUGCACGUGAAGUAGACUAUAUAAACUAGUGAGUGAACACAUGGAGUUUUUGGCAAUAUGAAGUUGGCAACGAAGACAGUUGGAGAAAAGAUGUGAUGUGACCAGUUGACGUGAACCAGGUGACAAAAAACCACAUUCCGUAAAGACAUCCAGCCGAGUAUGACCAGUUCUUCUACUCUGAGCAAGUUGGCUUGCUGGACUGGCCUGCAGUUUGCCACCUGCUGACUGUUGAAGCUGUGUUGGUGUCAGGAGGCUGCAUUUUGCAACAACACUGGCUAGGAGGGUUCAUUCGAAUAAAAUAGGAAUCAAAAUGGUUGAGAACCACUAGCUAAGAUUGUAAAAUUAUAAUAACCUUAAUUAUGUAUCUGUUUUAGUGUUUAAUUAAUAAAAUAUUAUAGAGUAAUU